AUAUGGUUUGCACACUAAGUUUGUUGUGUUCUAAUUAUAGUCACCUCUUUUUGUUGCUCUCCGUAAAUUAAUCCAAAAUUCUUUUGAAAUUAACAGAAAACAUGACAACCAUUGAAUGUGUUUGUCUAAAUGCCAUUUUCUUCAUCCUUUCUCUCGUUCAACUUCUUUUCCUUCAAUUUGUUUUUGCAUUUUUGGCAUCAAUAAACAACUAUAGUUAGAUUAAUGGUUUUUCCUUUCAUUUAUGGAAAUCAAUGGCAAGUACGAACCUCUCAUCAAUUCAUUCAGAAAAAAACUCAACAGAUUACUGCCCUGCCAUUUUUUUCCUUUUACCUUGUCCUCAAACUAGCCACGCUAUUUUCUGCUUCAAACACAAACACCACAAUUCUAUGAAACAACGUCAAGUUAUUCAUUUUCUCUUAAGUUGCUUUUCUGACAUCCUUUGACAUACUUUUUUAUAGAAGGGGUUCUUGUUUCUCUCGUUGAUCAAACAGUACUCUAAAGGAAGUAAAACAUCAAGAAGAGGGAACUCAUCAAAGGUGGCUUCAGAGCCAACAUUUCACCAUCCAAUUACUUGUUCCUUUGUUUUUUUUACAAAAACAAAGGUAACAGCGUGACACUCAAAGAAGGUCUGAUCAACGAUGGUUCGAGCUUUUCAUCACCAUAGUGGCAUGCAGAAGUCCAAAUCUUUUCAUUUCAGAAGGAUGUUUGAUUCGGGGAAGCAUAGUCAUCAUCAUGGUCAUUGUUCAGUUGAUAGGGACCAUGAUGAUGGAGGCGAGAGUGAUAGGAUAUACUCAAAAAGCCUUGAUUCUAGGAGCUCAUUUAGUCACUCCACGGAUUUUCAUGUCCCAUUUAGCGAUCACAGUCCAGCACCAAGCUUGGGAGUUGAACCACCUAGAAUGCCUCCAAAGAAACCAACUGACAGUGACUUGAUGAAGGAAAGGUUUGCUAAGUUGCUUUUAGGAGAAGACAUGUCAGGUGCAGGGAAUGGUGUUUCUUCAGCAUUGGCUCUAUCAAAUGCCAUAACAAACCUGGCUGCAUCUGUUUUUGGACAAAUAUCAAAGCUGGAGCCAAUGCCCUCAGACAGAAAGGCCAGGUGGAGAAAAGAAAUUGAGUGGCUUCUUUCUGUCACCGAUCAUAUUGUUGAAUUUGCUCCAUCACAACAAAUAGCUAAGGAUGGAACAUGCAUGGAGAUCAUGACUACUAGGCAACGAAUUGAUCUGCUCAUGAACAUCCCCGCCUUGCGCAAGCUUGAUGCAAUGCUCAUUGACACCUUACACAACUUUAGAGAUCAAAAUGAGUUUUGGUAUGUCUCUAAAAAUGACGAGGAUCCUGAUAGUGUCUCUAACAACAGGAAGAGCGACAAAUGGUGGCUACCAACAGUUAAAGUUCACCCAACAGGGCUGUCUGAAGGGGCCGUAAAAUGGCUACAGUUCCAGAAGGACAAUGUUAACCAAGUGCUUAAAGCAGCCAUGGCAAUAAAUGCUCAAAUACUAUCAGAAAUGGUGAUCCCUGAAAACUAUAUUGAGUCUCUCCCCAAGAAUGGUAGAGAAAGCCUUGGUGAAUCAAUCUACAAGAGCAUUACAGUGGAAUACUUUGAUCCUGGGCAAUUUCUCUCAACAAUGGACAUGUCCACAGAACAUAAGGUGCUUGACCUCAAGAAUAGGAUGGAAGCUUCCAUUGUGAUAUGGAAAAGGAAGAUGAUCAAUAAGGAUAACAAGUCUUCCUGGGGUUCAGCAGUGAGCAUAGAGAAGAGGGAACUCUUUGAGGAGAGAGCUGAGACAAUAUUGCUGAUGCUCAAACAUCAGUUCCCAGGGCUUCCACAAUCUUCACUUGACAUUAGCAAAAUACAAUACAACAAGGAUGUGGGACAAGCCAUCCUAGAAAGCUACUCAAGAGUAAUAGAAAGCCUGGCUUACACAGUUUUGUCAAGGAUUGAGGAUGUCUUGUACGCUGAUUCAGUGGUAAAGAACCCUUCAUUGGCAGUGAGCAGCAGAAGGGUUUCAGCGGAUUCUUUACCAAUGUCUGGGAGAACUUCCCCAAACUCUGAGGAUGAAAAUGCCAACUUUCACUCUUCAGAUACACCACCUUCAAUGACUCUCUCAGAUUUCAUGGGUUGGACUUCAAUCAAAGAGGAGUUGGACGGAAAGAACAGUAACACCAGUGGAGAUUUAGAGGACUGUGUGGACGAAAAAGAUGAAAAGGAUGCAACUAAAUCUCCUGAUUGUGCUCAGAAAUCUUCCCAUUUGGACAAGCUUGAGUACUCGAAUGGUUCAAAAGCUCCCGUAGCUCGACAUUAAUAUCAAUAACAAAUUGGAAUGGGGAAGGGAGAAGAAAUAUUAGAAAUAUUGGAACACAUUAAAAGAGAAGCUACUGUGUAAACACUCAUCUAGGCUUUGGUUAUGCAGGAGUAUGAUCCAACUUAUGCUUCUUCUUAUAACCCUUUUGUACAUUAUCUCAUUCAGACUUAGGUUGUGUAAUUACUGGCCUGGUUGUAACUUAUUUAUAUCUUUACUUCAAAAUAGUGGAAGAUUGAUAGUCCUGGUAAAAUCACUGUUGAAAUAUUCACCCUUAAUA